GGUGAUGGUGGUGGUGUGAUUCAUGGCUCGGCUGGGAGUAGGGGGGCGGCGGCAGGCAGGGAGUCACGUGAGGCUUAUUCCAGGUCUCGCCAGCUCAGGGAUGUUUUGGGCCGCGGCGCUGCUCCGACACAUGAGUUAAAUCAACACUCUGUGCCGGGGCGCCAUCGCCUGAUCGAUUCCCGUGCUAAAGAGGAACUAUCCGAUCCCGGAUCCCGAGCAACCUCCGCCCGAGGCGCCGCGAUCUCCUGGCGAGGCACGCAGGAGACUCAGCUGGGGGAGGCGGCCGGGCAUCACAGGCAGCCUCAGGAGGAAGGGGUCAGCGAUCCACACACUGGCUCGCGCGGUGACACUGAGCGCUGGACGAAACGCGGUGAGAAGUGUGAGAGAGCGCCGCCUGUUUUUCGAUCAGGAACAGGAAAUGCAAAUGCCAUUUCUGAAGCCGAGGCAGGGUCGUCAGGGACAUCCGGCAGCGUCCCGCAGACCGAGCCGGCGACCCCCCCGCCCCCCUCAGAGAGCCUCUUCCCGUGGAAGAAAAAGUGGAGAAGCGUCACCGAGCGCACCUCAGUGGCCUCCACGCGACACACGCAGGGCGAGACUCUUGGCACUUCCUCGGGCAGUGAUUCAAAACAGGCCGUGCAGCACCGUCCCCUCAGCACUCAGCACUCAGGGCCGGCGGCUGGCGGUGCGGAUGACGGACAGCCUUCACACUCAUCCCGUGGCUCACUUGAGACGUUCGCUGUAGGACAUGUGCCGAGUUGCCAAGACAACGCUGCUGGCGAGGCACGGACGCGAGUGCCACAAGACGCCGCUGGUACAAGCCAGACAGACGAGACGCCUGCAGGGAGCACUCACUCAGAUCACAAGACGGGAGUCCAGGCUGGGGAGGCGCGUGAUGCCAGCGAGAGGAAGAAUGUCAGGAGCGCUUCUGUUCUCAAGGGAAACAGGAGGAUGUCAGAGUGGCUGGCGUCCCUGAGCAACGAUGAAGGCAAACAGUCCACUCAGACACCUGACCCUGCUCCACAAACAAUGCCUGUCUCACACGACGCCGGGGGACACACUGGGGACACGGAGGCUCUGCCACUACCACUGUCACGGAAAACACGGCCAAGCUCAAUUCACGCCUCUCUCAGGAACGCUACAAGCCCCGCGCUACCAGCACCACCCUGACGGAGGAGACACAAGCUCCGGCCAGAACAAACCUGUCGUACCUUCUGACGCGGUUACAGAGCACCGAGGUGAAGAAGGCAUCUUAUAAUCUUGAUGAGGACGAAGACGAGUUGUAUUACGUGACCUCUGAGGACGAGGAGGACUUAGAAACACACCAGCAGGACCAGCAGACACACAACUCAAGCACAAGCGAGAAAACAAACAUGAAAGAGAAUGGAAACUCUAGAAUAUCAACAAAAUUCUCUGCAAACCAAAGCCGGGACUUCAUGGAGACGACAGACGAGCCAGACAGCACGACGCGGCGACGCAACACACGACGCGACACUGACAAACAUUCCAACAAGGGCGCGGAGGAGGCAGCGAGCCGGCAGGAGCAACAGGAGAGUGAGGAUACGGAUGAGGAUUGUCUCGACGCCCCGUAUGAAGGUCCUGAGGUCGACGAGGGUGAAUACAAGCCUGGUGUUGGCCUGUGCUCCUCCCACGGCCUCAUGCUGCACCUGUACUGCGAAGACUGCGAGGAGUGGGUGUGCGACGACUGCCUCAAGGUGCUACACAGGCCGCGCCCGAAAGGCUCCUGCCGCGUCAUCACCGCCGCUGAGGGAGUGAACCAAAUGAAGGUGAGCCACGAAUCCUUCCUCGCUUCAAGAACAAACACCUUAGAUUACUUCAGGGCGGAGCUGCACAGGAUCAUUGCCGAGUGUGACAACAGCAUCAACCUGCACGGGGACAAUCUGCGGCACCUGGAGGAACAGAUCGAGGAGGAACAGAGGCUGGUGAGGGGAAUAGAGUCGAUGCGGUCCCUGGCGAAGGAGAAGCUGGGUCAGGUGAACUACUGGGAGGAAGUGUUACAGAAGAACCUGUCUCGCAUCGAUAGCUCGGCGUCGUCCAGUGACGUGAUCGACGCGGUGAGGGAAAGUUCCAGCGACAUCCUGCAGAAGGCGAUGGAAGCGGUGUCCCUGGAGGCGGGCGCUGGGUUGCUCCUGUCCCCACCUAAUUAGUCCUUUGACCGCCGGGACACAUCGAGGAGAAGGGAUGGUGGGAGCAGGAGCUGUGAUCUAUUGGUGCAGCGUCUCAGGCUUAACUAAUUGGCCUGAUGCAAGUUCAAGGGAUUGUUUGGAAAGGCAACACUAACAGUGACAGGAGUGACCAAGUAAUACCUGUGACAUUGUACCUGUGUUUGUGCGCCCGGUAAAUUCUAAGGUCUUUUUAAUGAAGCAACAAGCGCCAGUCUUAAUAUGAUUUGAAAACCACAACUUCAUCACACGCUUUCUCACUUCCACUUCUUGCUGAGACAAUCCAUCACUUUUUAGUUAAUGUUCUUGCCGUAGUGGUCAAAGUUUCUACUCUUGUCUCAUAAUUCGACUCCCCCAAAAUGCCAUGUAGUGCCAAGAAAAAAAGCAUUAUUUCAAGUUAAUGUUCUUGGCGUAGUGGUCAAAAUUUCUACUCUUGUCCCAUGGUUCGAGUCCCCAAAAUGCCAUGUGGUGCCAAGACAAUGCAUUAUUUCAAGUCACUAUUUACGCUGCAGUGGUCAAAAUUUCUAGUAUCUUAUGUCUCGAGUCCCCCAAGGCGCCGUGUCGUGGAGGAUGCAGUGCUGCGGUAACACUGGAGUGGCUGGCUGGUGAUCCUUCGUGUCAUGUAUAGUGAGAUUGCAUCAGUGAGUGGCGAGUGUUGUGUCGGAGCCUCGGGAAACUCUACAAGCUGAUUCCUGAUUCUAUUUGUGUGUUGUGAGCGAGUUGCAAAUGUGAUCUUUUUGUUGUCGUGGUGUUUGUCGUAAAUAUCAACAGUUUUAUUUGCUAUUACUACUGCAACUUCUCUUAUCUUCGUGCUACUACUACUACUACUACUACUACUACUAUCACUAUCACAGUAAAAUCAACAUCUAGUAUUAAUGUUCUUAUCACUCUUGCUGCCACUACUACUAACAUUAUUAUUAUUAUUAUUAUUAUUAUUACUACUAUUACUACUACUACUACUACUACUACUACAAAAACUAGAGUGAUAAAUCUUAAAACACAAGCACUUCCACCCUACAUUUCCUUCUACUUAUACUUAAACACUUUACGGACACUGACAGGAAGAGCUAAUUAACAGGUAAACGUGUACUGAAUCUGUGCAUACUUGAUCUUAUGUACGUUUGUGUGUACGUGGAAAUCUUAGCUGUAAUACUGAAUAAACUGUCUCUUUCUUAAUUAGGCUAAACGAAAAAGACUAUUAGGAUUAUUUUUACUUCAUAACUAUAUCAGCAAUAAGAGAGAGAGAGAGAGAGAGAGAGAGAGAGAGAGAGAGAGAGAGAGAGAGAGAGAGAGAGAGAGAGAGAGAGAGAGAGAGAGAGGACAAAAAUAUUAAAAGCCGAUUUUCUUUAAUUUUUCUAGGGGAGACGUAGCUAAUUACUUAUGUACUGACUCUAAAGGCGAGAUUGCCGUGCCUUUCAAUAGGAUAAUAAACUCUAUUUUGAUUAUUUGUUGGAUAAAUUGUCGUAGUAAUGUUCUGUUUGAAAUUAAUUAAGAUAAAACAAAAUC